AUGGCUGGCCCUUCACCAUCACCGCACAAGGCCCGUCGCAAGACUCCCAAAAAACCAGGCAAUGACAGUGGUAUCGAUGUCAAAGAGAGGACCCCUCGUGCAGAAGCCCUAGUAAGGGCGCCUGCGUUUCCUCUUGCGGCCUUUCUUUGGCCUGCGCGUACUUCGUUGUCGCAAUGGGAGGUUCUACCCGUGAUCCUCAUGGUUGUCGGCCUUUUUAGAUGGGCUGCUAGUUUAUGGGGAUAUUCUGGUUUCCACAAGCCGCCCAUGUUUGGCGACUACGAAGCCCAACGACACUGGAUGGAGGUCACAACACAACUUCCCAUCUCGCAAUGGUAUUUCCACGAUCUUCAGUGGUGGGGUCUCGAUUAUCCUCCUCUUACUGCCUAUCACAGCUGGGCCCUGGGCAAGCUUGGAUCCUACAUCGACCCUUCGUGGUUCGCGCUCUUCACCUCGCGAGGAAACCAGGACCCCGAUCUGAAAAUCUUCAUGAGAGCAACCGUUAUUGUGUCGGAGUACUUGAUCUACAUUCCGGCCGCGAUUGUCUUUGUGCGACGAUACAGCAGACUUCAAGGGGUCACCAACUGGACUGCAUGGCUUGCACUCGUCGCGAUUCUGAUGCAGCCCGCCACAAUUCUUAUCGACCAUGUUCACUUCCAGUACAACACCGUCAUGCUUGGAUUCGUCAUGGCAAGCAUGUCAAGUAUGCUGGCCGAACGAUACAAGUGGGCUGCCGUCUUCUUUGUCGGCGCACUAGGAUUCAAGCAGAUGGCCCUGUACUACGCCUUCAGCGUCUUCUCCUACCUACUCGGACGAUGCGUCUUCCCUCGAAUCGAUCUCACGAGGCUUUUCGGCAUUGCGCUUGUCACGGCCGUCUCUUUCGCCAUCCUCAUCCUACCUCUAAUCCUCGGCACUUUCUACGACAAGACACAGGGCAUUGACGCACACGGAGGUUCCAAGGACUCACCUUCUCUUCCCUUGCUUCCUCAACUUGUAGAUAUCCUUGACACAAACGCCUUUUACUGGCCGUAUGUGGAACAGAUGGUCCAGCUGGUUCACCGUGUCUUUCCGUUUGCUCGUGGCUUGUUCGAAGACAAGGUUGCUAACUUUUGGUGCGCUGCCAACGUUGUCAUUAAGCUUCGACAGUGGCCGACAGAACUUCUUCAAAAGGUGGCCCUCGGUGCUACGCUUGCUUCGAUUAUCCCCCCUAAUAUCAUCCUGUUCUUGCGACCUCGAAAGACAACCCUGCCUUUGGCUUUUGCCGCUACGGCUUGGGGAUUCUUUCUGUUUAGCUACCAAGUUCACGAGAAGAGUGUCCUGCUCCCAUUGAUGCCCAUGACUUUGCUGCUGGCUGGAAAGCAGGGUCUGAACAAGGAUACACGAGCUUGGGUGGGAUUUGCCAACCUCUUGGGAGUCUGGACUAUGUUUCCUUUGCUCAAGCGAGUUGAUUUGAAGAUUCCGUAUGCAGUUCUGAGCCUCCUCUGGUCUUACCUACUCGGACUCCCACCAACCUCCCUCAGCGCUUACUUUCAAGAGGGACAGACUGCUUGGGUUCAAUGGGGUACAGCGCUACUGCACUGGGCAUUCUAUCUGGCCAUGGGCGCGUGGCAUGCCCUCGAUGCCUUUGCAGCGCCUCCUGCUGACAAGCCUGACCUCUGGGUCGUGGCGAAUGUCGGCAUUGGCGCUGCAGGAUUCAUCAUCUGCUACCUGUGGUGCUUCUUCAAGCUUCUUCAGGAAAGCGAUCUACUGCCCGGAGGCUCAUCAAGGAGUUCAGGCAAAAAGAACAAGACCUUAUAG